UGGACUCGGCGCCCGGCCCGGGGAUUACGGCGCUCGCCCCCCGACAUAUAUAUUCUCGCGGCGUCGGCGGCGGGGCCAGGUCGGCAUGGCGGCGGCGGGGGGCGCGGCGAGCCGAAGGGGCCCCGGGCGGCCCUGCCCCUUCUCCAUCGAGCACAUUCUCUCCAGCCUGCCCGAGCGCCGCCUCCCGGCCCGGGGCGCCCGCCCGCCGCAGCCCUCCGGCCGCCAGAGCCCCGCGGAGCCAGGCGAGCCCGGGGCGCCCGAGGCCGCGCCCUGCGCCUGCUGCUGCUGCUGCGGCCCUCGCGCGGCGCCCCGAGGGCCCUCGGAGCCAGCCGCCGGGCUGGGCGCGCGGCGGCCGUGGCCGCUGAGGCUGGGGCCCGCGGCGCCCUUGCCCUUGGCCGCGCCGAUCAGAAGCACGGGGGCGCUGCCCGGCGCGGGCGGCCCGGGCCCGCAGCGGCGCACGCGGCGCCACCGCACCAUCUUCAGCGAGGAGCAGCUGCAGGCACUGGAGGCGCUCUUCAUGCAGAACCAGUACCCCGACGUGGGCACGCGCGAGCGCCUGGCCGGCCGCAUCCGCCUGCGCGAGGAGCGCGUGGAGGUCUGGUUCAAGAACCGCCGGGCCAAGUGGCGACACCAGAAGCGCGUGUCAGCGUCUGCAAGGUUCCCGCCGGGAGCCAAGAAGCCCCCCAAGGAGAGGUGCUGAUGGCUCUGGAAGCUACUCCUCAGCGUGGCCGCGUCCUUUGGCGCUGGGUCAGAGAGUGGACAGACCAACUUGAAAAGGAGCUGAGAGAGGACACCAGCCUCUUCCCGUCUGCACAGCUUCCUGUAUCUUGGAGCUACUGCUCAACGCAGGAGCCCCUCUGCAGGAGAACAGAUGUGUGUGUGGCCGUGAGCCACCUGCUCCAUUAAAGGAGGGAGCUUCAAGCAUCUUCAGGCACUCUCCUCCCAAAUGGCAAGCGGGCAGGAGGACCCAGGAGAUUCCUUGGGGCUUAGAGGUGGGGCAGGGCACAGAGCAGGUCAGCUUUCUCAACCCCCCCACCACAUCCCAGGAGGCACUAACCCCUCCCCAGGGCAGGAACCACCCCUUAUCAACACUGGGGACCCAGAAUCCCCCUCCUCCUCCUGGGGCAUGCUGGCUUCUGUCCUUUACUCAGCAUGGAUGUAGCCCACUUGGCCUGGCCUACAACCCUCCCGAGGCAGGGUGGGUGGUGUCUGCAUCCUCCGAUUGCUGCCACCUUGCAGGUCCUGAACUGAGCCCAGGUGUCCAGACCUGUAGAAUAAGAAGGUUGGCUGAGGUCAUCUCCAGAAGCCCCCUCCGGCUCCUUAACCCUGUGAGCCUUGUGCCAAUGUGGAGAAAUAAACAAGCAGUACAAACAUCAGGAAAGCAGUGCAGAGUUGGAAGCGCGCCAUGGCUGCACUGCCACAUCUGCCAGGACCCGCCCCUCCUCUCCUUUUCAGGGAGUGUGGGGCUGCCUUGUCUUGGGGAGGACAGCCCAGUGAGUCCUCAGUCCCUGUGCCAGGGUCCCCCUAGCAAAGCAGACUGCCUCACGGGGCGUAGCCGGCACCCCGGGGCCUGCACUAGCCUCCCUGUGCUGCUGGCCUGCUUCAGGGCUGGGCCCUGGCGUCCCCCUCCAGGGGAUUUCCGUGCUGUGGCGUCUGCCUAUCUCACAGUAGUCAAUCUCCGCCAUCCUGUGGGUCAAGAGGAGGUUUGACUGGGGAGACACCCCCACACACUGCCUUGGCUUGGAAAAUGUCUGCUCUCCCCUCCAUCAUCCUGGCCCCAGGGUGAAGGACAGUGUGAAAACAAGGCUUCAAUUCCCCAAGUAGGUGUACAGUGGGCCCAAGGCACCUAACACUCACCUCAUCUGGCUUGGGCACCUCGUUCUGCCUCCUCCCGGGUCCUGGAGGGAAUGGGGGGUAUCUGGCAGGAGACACGGUCCGUCCAGAAAAGGUGCAGAGGCCAGGGCUGCAAUGCCCAGGACUCUCCAAGGCUGGCCAGCUCAGAUAGCACUGAGCAGGCCUGGUGUCCCAGCCAGGGCUGCCCUAACACUGCUCGGUGCCCCUAGGACAGCAGCCCUCCCCUCAUCCCCAGGAUGCACGCUUCUGGCUGUCACAAGGGUCUUCUCCCUGCAUCCUGGCCUUAUCCUUGGAGACUGCAGAGUCGGCUUGCAGAGCUCCCCUGCAGACUGGGAUGCCCUCAUCUCGCUGGGUUCCAGGACCUCACCUUCCUUGGCUGAGUGGCUAUUUGUUAUUGUGUGGAAGAGCCAUGAGCAGAGCUCCACCUUUGAGGGACCCGUGGCUAUGCUGCGCUCCUGAUUCUCUCCUUCCUUUCUAGCUGCUCCUUGGCAGGCUCAACCCAACAGGUGGCCAUUAACAUAGGUGUCUUUGAGGCUGAGUCCCUCUCAUCUCAAAUCUCUCCCUGGUUUCUCUCUUCCUCAGGUUCCGAUUCCCAUGUCUCUGCCACAUUUACAUCUCCAGCCCAGGCCUCUCCCCUGAGCUAGAUAUUAACGUCCAGCUGUCCCUUUGACUCCUCCACCUGGAAGCCCACAGCAAGCUCUUCUCCUGUGCAUACUAGGUGCAUCAGCCAGAGGGCUGGCAAUCACCCAGAGCCCUCCUCUCCCUCACGCACCAUGCCCAAGCCAACAGCAAGUUGAUUUUACCUCCAAAAGCAAUCCCAGAAUCUACUUUCUCCCCAGCUUCAACUGCACAACCUGAUGAGAACUGCCAUCAUCUCUCACCUUGACUGCUGCACCCACUCUGGUUCCUCUUUAAUUCAUUCUCCAUGAAAGCCAGGACCUGAACCUGCCUCUCCCCUGCCUAUGGCACUCCAAGGGUUUCCCAUUGCUCCUAGAAUAAAGACAAAACUCACCAUGACCCCUGAGGCCCCGUGCAGCCUGGGCCUGCCCCUCUGGCAUCAUCUUACACCUUACUGCUCCUUGCACUCUGUGUGUAUCCAAAGGCCUCCUUCCCGCUGCUAGGCCAUUGCACAUGCUCUUCACUCUCCACCUGAUCAAUGCCUGCUCGUCUUUUGGGUCUGCAACCACUUUCUGCCUGGGUAAACUUACCCCUGCUGCCGUGUCAGUAAGAUUCCCCAGGUGCAAACUCUUUUCUUGCACUGGUCAGCUGCAGUUUUAGUUGUUUAUAGGGUGACCUAACUAGUGUCUGUCUGAGCCAUCUGACUGUCAGUUCCACAAGGGCAGGAACCAUCACCAUGGAAGCCCCAGUGAAUGAAAGAACAACUGCCUGUUAACUAAAUCAUUCUGGGGCAGCACUUUCUUCUUUGAUGUAAUUCACAACCUCCUUUUGGGAAGAAAUGAUCACUCCUGAAAAAUGCUUAGGCAAUUUUCUGGUCGACUUCAGUGAGAAUUAGCCCUCUUCUGUGAAGCCCACUCUGGCAUUCAGGGACUUAAUAAUUUUUAACCAGAUAUUUCUUUAUUGAACCAUUAUAUUUUUCUUUUCUUUUUUUGUUAG